GGUAUCAAUUGAUAGCUCUCUUCAAUUAAAGAUUGAACAAGCCCUUAACUGUAGAAAAGGACCCAGUAGAAGUAUUGUUUUAGUGUGUUACAGUAGCAACUCUUAUUUUAUGACAACUUGCUUCUUUUUCGACCAACGUCGGCAGUAUGAGCAACAAGAAGAAGCUCUCAGGGGCCCUUGUCCCCAGCCUUCCACUCACUCAAACUAAUCCACUCUAUCAAGCAGCCUAUACUGCUCUGGAGAGGAAGAAGUCACUUCAACUUGCAAAGAAGAAGCAACAUCUUUGUGCCAUCCAAACCAUCAAGGAAAGGGAUGUUGAAGCACUCUUCCCAGGAGAUGAAGCCAAGGGACUGAGACCAGAGAUGCGCAUGCUCCAUACUGAUAUUGUCUCUGCUGGUUUGGGGAAGAGCAAGCAAGAGAAGGCGUGGAGAUCUCACUAUGCUUCUUCCACCCUUGCUUCAAUCUUUGUGGCAAUGGAAAUGAGGAAGGGGAUGGAUUUGCCUAUCCCAACCAUCCAGCGCGCUAGCAGAUCAAGGAGCAAUGAUACAACAGCUCUUCCCCUCUUCCAGUCAAUUGCUAAGGAUGUCAAGCAAGCUGUGGACAAACAGGAAGACGAGGCAAUUGAAAAGCUGAACAAGAAAUCUUCCAUCAAGCAACAAAAGUAUGGGGACAGGAAGCAGAACAAGAUUCCCUUCGACCCAUCCAAGCUGGAGAAGGCUCCUUGCCCUCAGAGUGGAUGUAUGGCUUGGAUGGCAAUUACACCAAUUGAUGAAGUGAAUCGAAAGAACAAAGAGAACUAGGACAAGUAUCAGGAAAAGUGGAGGAAUACCAGUGGAAUGGGGGGAAGAAGCCAAGAUAUCCACCAUCAGAAGGACAGUGGAUUGGUUGCUGGGCAUACAAGCUCUAUUGCGAGUACCAAGCUGAUGGGGGCAACUGUCCGGAAUGCAGCAAGCCCGGAGCUGAUUACUUGAAGCAAGAUGUGGAUGGAAAGCCAGCUUGCACGUGUCCUAUCUGCAAUAGGAGCUGUGAUGCUUUGUUCCUCAGGGGGAACAGGCACAAAGCUGCUGUUGAGGUCAGGGAACAGAAGGAGGCUGCUGCAGCUCCAGCAACAGCCAACGUGUCCUCUUUGCCUCAGCUCUUCACCAAGUAUGUUGCUGGCAAGUUGCAGAAUGGUGUGAUCGAUGCAGCUGCUCAAGCAAAUACUGCUGUGGAUGAUCUGGUUGCUGCUCAGAAUUCUUUUGCUUUUGCAGCUCACAGGUUGCUCACCAAUCCUGAUAUUCAGGGGAACAUGGAAACGAGGCAUGCCAUGCAAGGAAUGGGUCCAAUGGGGACCGAGACCAGGGAUGGGCUAUCAAUUGAUGCUCUUAGGAAGGGGAGGACUGUAGGGGAUUCAGCAGCGGAUCCGGUAGUAGGAACUAGGGGAUUCAGUGUCCCUAAUCCGAUGGAAUUGCAGCAGCAGCAACCUCCUACGUAGCAUCCCCAGCCGACUGCCGGCCCGGCCUCCACAGCAGGCCCAGCUUUGGCAGCAGGCCCAGCCUCCACAGUGGGCCUCUCUUCCUAUUGGAGGACCUCCUACCUUCAACCACUAGGAUAUUAGGCAUUUCAGGAAUAAGCUGUCUCCUGUUUCUGAUAGGACUGAUGAUACUUGCUCCCMCCUUGAGCUUGAGCUUGCUAAUGCUGCUAGUGGUGUUGCUGCUGCGUGUCCUCCUCCAGUAGCUACUGCUGCGCGUCCUUGGCCUGCAGUUGCAGCAGCUGUAAUGCCUCCUCCAGCUCCUGUUUCUACAGUAUCUACCAAGCAAUCCUACAGCACCAAAGGGUCCUCCAGCUUGGAUCCUAUCAGUAUUCUUAGUAGUGACAGCGAAAGCUCGGGCUUCCUCUCCAACUACUACAGCAUGGGCAAGAUCCAGCAGGAUAUCAAACCAGUGGUGGUGAAGUCUGAGUUCAAGCUUCCUGGUCCUUUGCCCAAGCGUCGCAAGAACAAGGGCUCAGCUGUUCCAGCUACUCCAGUGUUUGCAAGACAGAUCAGGCAGGAAGCUGUCAAGCAGUCUCACCUUGGUACUGGCACCCCUUCUACAAUGAAAGCGCUGGAUCUACUGUCUAUGAAGCUUACUGCUGGGGACACUAGUACUGAAGCAAUGGCACUGAAGAAGAGAGCACAGGACAUGGUGAACAUUUGCCCUAAUGUUGAGCAGGCAACUGGUUCCUUGGCGAAGUUUGCUAAGCACCAGCUGUUUGUAAAGCAGGGGGAGAAAGCUUGUCCUACUGCUUCAAACACUGGUGGCUUGAAUUUGCUUGCAGUAGCAGCAAGCACUGGCUCAAAGCACCCAGCAGUACUAGGCCGCAGCUCGGGCCUCAAGCAAGUUACCAAGCGUCCUGUUUUGAGCAGAAAGAAGCCUGUUGUUGCUGCUGCCGCAAAGAAGGCAGCUGUUCCAAGCAAGAAGGCGAGCAGUCCUGGUGGCUUGCCUAGCAGCCAGAGCUCAGCUGGAUUUGAUUAUGGAGACAGCAGUGAUUGAUUGAUUGUCGCUGGCUCGUGUAGUCUUUCCUAUGGAUGCUGAAUACUGAAAGCAUCGAUUUGCUGAGUGCAUCAACCCUCUAAUGGUGGUUCUUUUCCUCCUGUUUCUCCACCAUUAGGAUGCCCUCUUGCUGUCUCUUUUGUACAAACAGAGCAGCUUGCCUGUGCUGUUGUAAUCCCUGUGAUUGCUGUUGACAGAAAGCCAGGUAGUAUCUCCUUGUUGAAGAACUAGUACUACUAUUGUAAUAGUAUAGAGACCAUAUUAGUUUGUAAAACAACUAGAUUGCAGACGCGCUACAGUAUAUUCUAAAACUGUAGGCCCAGGCCAACUCAAUGGACCAGCGAGGCAGUCCCUGGCGUAUUGCUCAAGUCUAUUGCAACUACUCUUGGUAGAUAUUAUUCUUACUAAAGAUGAACUGUAUACAAAUAGUACUGCUGUAGAAUGGAAGGACCAUGGGUUGGAUCCAUCCUUCCUCUUAUGUAUAUCUCAACUGUAGCUGAAUCAAUUCAACCGACUGUAACUGUAUUCAGUCCAUGUAGUCAAUCCGCAAAUCGAUUUAGUAUCCAAGGAGGAAGGAGCUGGAAGCUGCUCCAGKGGACUGGAAUCCAAGUGUCUCCAGUAGGAUUUAGUUUCCAUAGGCCCAGGAUGAGUCGCCACGCCAGCAAGCCAUGCUCCAGUGGAUUGCUCCAGUCCAUUGCAGCUACCCUGCAGAUCCAGCUUGCUUGUCGGAGACCAUUGUGGUACUGUUGUUGUUGCUCUUGUUUUCUAAUAUUGUCUAGGUUCAUAGACCCCAUCUACAGUAUAUCCACAGUGGUCAAAGGUUAAAUCAAAUGGAGCGAGUGACCUAAGGGCCUCAGUUCUAAUGGCAUGCUCCAGAUCCGCAGUUGUCCAUCGAGGCGUUGUCAUCUUGCUUACAGCCCCAAUCAGAUCACAGAUCUUGUACUCAAUGGGACCAUACUUGGUUUGGUAAGGAGGCCUCGAAACAGAGCUAAAGACAGUCCCUCCACCAGCUGGUCUCACCUCAACUGUUUGAGCUACUACAUUGGUUAGAUGAGCUCCUAGAUUGUCCCAGAGGAAUACUCUUUCAGCAUCUGUGUCCCCAGGGGCUGGGCAUUGCUCAAUAUCACUACAAAUCGCCUCAAUAAACUGAGCAAAGGUCCACGCUGAGGUCCCUCCAGCUCUGAUCACCUCAAUCCACCUCCUUGGGUUCUGGAUACUUCCCCUGGUCUCAGGAGGAAGCCAAGGAUCCCCUGGCUCCACAGCAAAGAGAACAGUGAGCUUGUCAGUCCUCUCAUAGUGUCCUAUCUUCCUAACUCUUUGGCAAAUGAAAGCCCAUCUACACCUGCAGUUGGUUCUUUGCAGGUUGAAAGCAAACUCAUCCACAUCUAUAAACUUCCUUCUGGGAAUCCCCACCACACCAAGGGGGGGAGGAAGAUUCCAAAACUACUUACAUCUCCUUCUAUUCCUAAAGGUGAAGGCUUGGUAGGCUUCAGUCGACGCCCUCUUCCUAGUGAUCUUCAUUCCAUCCAAGCGCCUGGAGAUAUCUACUCUUGAAUAGAUCCUCCCCCCCUGAUUAUAAAUGAAUGUGGCGUACUCAUCUGCAUUAGCAGAAGGAUUGAUAGUCAAACCAAUAGCAAGAAGCAUCUGAUCUGGUCCAACCAACUUGCCCUGGUCACUGUUGCCUGUCAUUCUGUAUGGAUCAAGGCGUCUACUCCAUCUUGAAAUAGACCAUCUACUUGCAAAAACAGGAGGAAGACCAUCUUCCUUCCUUUGCAGUUCCAGCUCUCUUACAAAGACAGGAUAGCCUCUACUCCCCCCCUUUCCAGGACGAGGCAGCUCAGCUCUUGUUUGUUGUGUUAGUCUAGAAAGACCAGCUCUGGCUCGGAUCUUUGCUACCUUGUCUGCUGGAUCGUUGCUCAUGAUAGUGUCGACGUCGGUCGAAAAAGAAGCAGUUGCCGUAAAAAAGAAGCUACACUGAACACUCAAUAAAAUAGGUAACACUUGCUUGUUUGCUACAGUUAAGGGCUUGUUCAAUCAACAAUCAAAGAGAGCUAUCAAUUGAUAUCAAGUACAGUAAGAAAGAGUGAGUGGAAGUGCUUGAAAUGGAGCAAUUCCCAUGGUCAGUUGCUUUGAACCGGUUAGUUUUUUUAGAAUGAAUGAAUGAAAAGAACAGUUCUAAAGCGUACUGGAUCAGCGUGCUGGAGGCAAGUAAAGGUCACGACAGUGGGCCUCGGUACAAUUUUGAAUGCUGAAUCAAAACCCUUCUAUUUUGACCAAAACACCUUGAUCCAUGAUUUUCUACAGGAUUUUCUACACAGCGUUGUACUAGGAUCCAUCCAAAUAGAUCAAUUUUGCUCCUCACUGAGCAGCUGGAUCAGCAGCUGCUGACCUGCCGGCGUGACACGAUGUGGGGCUAGUACUAAUUAUACGUAGGCCUACCUAGCAUAGUUGGCAACUUGCGCUGUAAGUUGACAACUUUGAUUCAAAGAUGAUGACUAUGUUUUAACGCUUUAAGUCUUAGCUUGCGAGGACUUGCGCGCUGGGCAAGAAAUUGUUAUGAAACUCGUAGUUGUACGAGUACGUAGUGGUCAGUGACAAAAUUCGAGUCGGUUCCAUUUCCMAUGUUUGUUCAGGAACCAUGUCGAUUUCGAUGUUUUUCGAAAAAUUUAAAUUCUCCGGUCCCCUUUUUUCCAUUAUGUGAUCGGUUUUGAUCACAAAAAAAUGUGAUCAGAAAUGAUCACAAAAUUGAUGAAUUUCUUGAUCACAAUUUUUUGUGAUCAGUUUUGAUCACACUUUUUCCAACGGAUUAGAAUUAGUAUUUACUUUAUUCUUACAUUAAUAGUUAUAUAUGAUAUAUAUGAUACAAUUAUAUAUAUAAAUAUUUAUAUUUAUACAUAUACAGUCAUGAAUGGUCGCACGUCGCGUAUACAGGACUGAUAUACUACUAUUAGUAGUAGUACAAACGUGUAAAAAUACUUUUAUUAUUUAUAUAAGGUUAUUUAAUUCUUAUAUAAAAACGGGACUAGUACAAAAUAUACACAAGACAGUUCGAAUUUGUGAUCAAGAUUGAUCACAAAAAACUGAUCACAAAUUUGUUAUUUCUGAUCACAUUUUUUUGUGAUCAAAACUGAUCACAAUUUUCGGUACCCAGAGGGGGACCUGGGAAUCUAAUUUUUUUCCAAAAAAUUGAAAUCGACAUGGUUCCAGGAUUUGACGACUCACUGUACUGUGUAACAGCGUCCCAGCUAUGGUGCCUGGUACUAGCUUGGAAUGUUGCUUGAUGUUCGCUUUAAAUAGAAUUAUUACUACUUGGAAAUCCCUCUUUAUUGAUAGGAGGAUUCCAAGCACUAUUUACAAUACUGAGUGAUAUCGAAUGCUCUCGAUCUCGGUCCGGUUCUGAUCUGGUUCAAUUAGAGCCUGUCCUCUCCUGUUCGUAGUGUUUGCGCCAAUACUACGCUCUUGCGCCCAUUUCCUCGCAUUGCUGUUUGCUGGGCCAAAAAACUUGUGGGUCUGUCCCGCAAUGACCCCAAAUAGAGCAGUUUUGGCCAUUUGCACAACAUCCAUUACCUGUGUUUCCUUGACCGCAACUUCCUUUCAGAGGUCUAGCGCAUGGUGGUUUAUGGUGCCCUCUUCUCACACAUUUGACUUUUUUCAUGGGCACCCAGAAGCAGGUAGGAAAACCUUUUCUUUCAACUUCUUGAUAACCCGAUGGACAAUGUACAUUUUUAUAUUGACAACCAACCCACAGAGUGUCAUUAUUUUCAUAUGAACAUUGGUGUUUGUGCAGUUGGCUUUCGCCUUUCAUAGGGUGACAUUCUUUGGACGGUACGUUAUCCACAUCAAUGCAUUCUUCAAAUUUACCGCAGUCGCUAUCUUCCUUGCAUCGAGGCGUACAGAUGCCUCUGUUGCAUGUUUCUUGUCUCGGGCAUUGAUUAUCGUACAAGCAAGUAAAGUUAAAUUCAUCUCCUGAAAGUUCGCAUUUCGUAGUUGUGAUUUGACCGGUAUCUUUGAUUCUUUCGACACAAUACUCAAUCAACGCCUCCUGGCAUUCGUCUUUAGUCACCCCCUCCACCUCACCAACGUGGUCACAAAUUGGUUCCAACCGCCUUUGGAUGAUAGCUGCCUCAUCGUAAACGUUGUCGACGUUACCCUUCGAAUAAGUUUUCUGUUUCACCUGCAAUUGUUGAAUUUUUUUUCCGAUUUCUUUGCUUUCACUGCUUUCACUGUCUUGGUCGAACCCAAAAAUGCCUGGAAUACCAAUAUUUACAGAUUGUGAGAAUGUUCUCUCAGUAGUUGUAAGUUGAGAUCUUUGAUUUUCAUCGAAUGAGUAAAUUUGCCUCUGCCAUGCACCCACCUUGCCUCCUAGGGUCAAGUGGGUACCAUACAUGCGGAAAAAGUCAUUCCAAUCCUUACUACUACUUGCUUUCUUCAAGUCUGCUUCAGCGCUGAGCGUCAAUUUGAGUUUUUUGUUUGAUGCGAUUUGGAAUCUGUAUAUUUGUUUUGCAGAUUUUGCAGUUACGGUCACCAGGUUCUUAUGUGCGUCUUCGGCAAUUCUUUUCUUUGACUUAAUGCCAACCGAACCUCCAAGUUGGACACCUUUGAUGGUCCCCGACGCUCCAAGACCGAGUGCCUUAUUCUGUUCCUCAGAGAAUUGAUCAAGUGAGGCGAAUGCUUUGACUGAUGUUUGGCUUGUCAUUACAAGCUCGGCAGUGACUUCGAAUCCAAUGGGCUCAUAAUACGUUUUAUUUGAUGGUAGAUCGACUUUGUAUUUUGGAUCUGACGACCACUCAAGCUCAAAAAAUCUACGCCUAUUGACGGCACCAGCAUCCUCUGCCUGGUCCGCUAGCCCAGAAGCAUAAGCAGUGAAUAGAGGAUCAGCGUCGAA